CCUUGUGCCCAGCAGCACUGGGGUCUUCAUCCUGGGCUGGACCCCUGGGACUUGAGCAAGCUGCUUCAGAGUUUGGGCCUUUCGUACGAGUCUGGGCCUUUUCUACAGUCACUGACCCUCACUGUGGCCCAAGGAGCAGAACUAGGUGGCCAGAAUGGAGCUGUGGCCAGGGGCGUGGACGGUGCUGCUGCUGCUCUCCCUGCUGCUGCUCUUCCUGCUGCCCGCCCUGUGGGUCUGCAGCCCCAGUGCCAAGUACUUCUUCAAGAUGGCCUUCUACAAUGGCUGGAUCCUCUUCCUGGCUGUGCUCGCCAUCCCUGUGUGUGCCGUGCGAGGACGCAACGUUGAGAACAUGAAGAUCUUGCGUCUGAUGCUGCUCCACAUCAAAUACCUGUACGGGAUCCGAGUGGAGGUGCGAGGGGCUCACCACUUCCCUCCCUCACAGCCCUACGUCGUUGUCUCCAACCACCAGAGCUCCCUCGACCUGCUUGGGAUGAUGGAGGUUCUGCCUGGCCGCUGUGUGCCGAUUGCCAAGCGUGAGCUACUGUGGGCCGGCUCUGCCGGGCUGGCCUGCUGGCUGGCAGGAGUCAUCUUCAUCGACCGGAAGCGCACUGGGGAUGCCAUCAGUGUCAUGUCUGAGGUGGCCCAGACCCUCCUUACCCAGGACGUCCGAGUCUGGGUUUUCCCCGAGGGCACAAGAAACCACAAUGGCUCCAUGCUGCCCUUCAAACGCGGCGCCUUCCACCUUGCAGUGCAGGCCCAGGUUCCCAUUGUCCCCAUAGUCAUGUCCUCCUAUCAAGACUUCUACUGCAAGAAGGAGCGCCGCUUCACUUCUGGGCGAUGUCAGGUACGGGUGCUGCCCCCAGUGCCCACAGAAGGGCUGACACCAGAUGACGUUCCAGCGCUGGCUGACAGAGUCCGGCACUCCAUGCUCACCAUUUUCCGGGAAAUCUCCACUGAUGGCCGGGGUGGUGGUGACUAUCUGAAGAAGCCUGGAGGGAUGGGCGAGGCCCCGCUCUGAGCUCCCCUCCCCUUUACCCCUACCUUCCUCCCCAUACCUGUCAGCCCCGUGGCCUAAAGCAGGGCCAAGCCCUCUUUCUUGUUUCCCCUCUCUCCACUUGUUCUCCUCUUUGGAAUCUUCAAUUUCUGAAGUGAAUGUGGAAACAGCACCGCUCCCUGCCCCUGCCCAGUUCCCCCAGCGGACUCUCUUGCCUCGGUGCAGUCUCCACUCUGACCUUCACCUCCUGUGCCAUCUUCUCUGUGGAACAGUUGCCUCCCCUUCAUCUCUAGUGGCUCAGCCUACACGAGGGUGGGAACACUUCAUUCUGUCCCCAAUGGACCCUCUUCCUUUGUGGUCUUCUCUCCUUCUCUACCCCACAUUGGCCAGUGGACUCAUCCAUUCUGUGGAACAGUCUCCCCUCCUCCUCCCCCCAAGUCCAUGGAUUCAGUGGACUCAUCCGUUUGUGAGGAGGACUCUUCAUGCUGUGGCUGGAAGCUGAUGCCUGGAACAUUCCUCCCAGGCUCAUCCUCAGCACCUUCACCCUCCUUCCCGUGGAGCCUCCUGUCAGUGGAGGCUGGACUCUUCUCACUCAGAGGUCUCAUUCCUGCCCAUGCCCAGGUCCAGGGUUGAGCACACCCCUGGAUGCCAGUUUGGUCCACAUUUCUGCUUUCUCCUGUACCCGUGGUACACUUCUUCAGUGGUCCUGGCCCCACCCAGCUCCCUGCAGCCCUGCUGUACCAUUCUAAACAGACACAAGGGGAAGAGGCAGACAUCAGGUGCUGCACUCACUUCUGCUCCCUGGGGAGUUGGGAAAAGGAACUGAACCCUGGCUGGAGGGGAUGGGAGGGCUCUUAAUUUAUUUCUCUUUCUUUUGAGGCUUCCCCUCUCUGAGCCAGUUUUCAUUUCCUCCCUGUGGCAUUAGCCACUCCCUGCCUCCCACCCCAGACCUAUGCCCACAACCAGGGAGGUGGGCUGGGAGCAAAAGGAGAGGGUGGGACCCAGUUUUGCGUGGUUGGUUUUUAUUAAUUAUCUGGAUAACAGCAAGAAACCAAGAAUAAAGAUUGAAAGAGAGAUCUGGGCA